UCGAUGCUCAUGAUAUGUUAAUCACUGGAUUGUCUGGUCCAGACUCGAUUAUGUACAGACCGCCGCCAUAUAGCUGGAAUAUUGCUGGGUGCAGCGUAAAACGGCAAACCCACUAGCUAUGCCAAGAUGAAAGAUUCCUGUAAAAAAGUAAACACAUGAACAUGUCAUUGAAUAAGACGUAGAGCCUAAUUCAUACCUGGUGUUUGCGCUUUAGUGAGCACCCCCAUGACAGAACAUUUGAAUAACUAGUUAUUGUUAUUGUUUUAUGCCGCACUAAACAAUAUGUUGUUGAUUUAUUUCUUUACACCAAUAAAGGAACAAACAUAUUUUAUUUUUUCUGGUAUGUUCCUUAUGCACACAAGAAUAUUACUCAUAUGUUUGAUGCAGUACUGCCUUAAUUUUUCUCAUAUUACCCAUGUUUUAUAAAGUAGUGUAUGUAACAGAUAAGUCGUCGACCCGCUAUGUUGAAUAUCAUAGUUGCUUCCCACGAUUUUACCAACCGAUCAACGAACCAACCAUCCGACAUACAACCAACUAAACUUAACAUGAACCUAAAUAUGAACCUAAACCUGAACCAAAGCCAAAACAAACACCAAGCAAGCAAGCAGCCAACCAACCAACCAGCCAAACGACCAACCAACCAUGCAGUACAGCGUAUUUGGAACAAAGAAUGCGUACAAAAGAAAGAUUGUGGGCCCCUUUAAUAGAUACCCCAAGAAACAAAUACUCACUGCUGCUUUGUAGACGAAUAGCGUAACGCAUGAUCGAACAGGGGACCUAGGUACAAGCGGGGGACAUAUCAUACAAGUUUAACGCCUAUGGAAGGCGGUAUAUCCAGGACACCGACAGAUUGAUAUAUAUUAUUUAAGAUUUUUCAGCCUGGUAUUUCCCUUCCGAAAUAUCCUUGUAAUGUGAGCUCAUGUCCACCCAACCGUUACUAGCAAGGUGGAUAGAUUGCAGUCUUAGUUCCGGAUGUCGGUGCAGUCGGAUAUGUGGGCCGCUGUUAAUGUCCACGUCAGGAUCAACCAGGAUCUCUAAACCGUAAAUACAGCAAUUUCGUCCCUGUAGAACACCAGUCAACACAAAUAAGACAUAAACACCCAGGAGAGACAGCAAACACUGGCAAUAAGGAAGAUAUCCGACGUGAUGUUGCUGCUACUGUUGUCGCUGGUGUACCUGCCGGGGGUCGUCACCGUCAACAACGAUGUUUUGAUGGAUGGCGAUGUGGUCCUCGGGGGACUGUUUAGUGUUCAAGACUAUACAGAAGGACGCUGUGAGAGUAUACUUCCAAGCUCCAUAAUGACUCACGAAGCGAUAAGAUGGUUCUUUAAGAAGCUUAAUGAACGGAACUACAUUUCAAAUGUCUCCCUGGGUUUACAUGCAUACAAAACCUGCGGUCAGCCCCCUUUGGCGGUAAAGGCGACCAUUGCCAUGAAGAACACAUGGGACGGUAUAUCGAAAUUCCAAGGAAUUGUUGGACCCGGCUUCAGUGCAGAAACUCAGGACGUAUCUCGUUUGCUGAGUUCGCUUCCAGAGGAGGAUCGUCUGCUGCAGAUCAGCUACUCCGCCACGGCCGCCAUCCUCUCUGACAAGAGUGUCUACAAAAACCUGUACCGGGUCAUAGAAACAGAUGAUGUACAAGUGGAGAUUAUGGUUCAGCUGAUGAAGUCCCUUCAGUGGAACUACAUCGCUAUUGUGUAUGGUGAUGACACCUACGGCAGGGAAGGAGCCAAAACCCUGAAAUCCAUGGCAGAGAGUCACGGCAUAUGCAUACCCGUGUUCGUACCAAUAUCUCCGGGAUCCGUGAGCGACGAACUACGACAACGCUUUGAGACAAUUAAAGAUGAGCUUCAAAAGGAUUCACAAUCGCCAGUGGUUGGUUUGGCUUUUUUCGGCCAAGCUGAAACUGCCAAAGCGAUGUUCGAUUACCUUGAGAUCGAGCUCAGCAACUUCCAGAUGAUAGUUUCUGAGUCCAUUGGUGAAAGUGAGUCAUAUUUGAUGAAGUCUGACGGAAGCGUGUACCCAUUAGCUAAGGGACUUCUCACCCCAAGUCCUCCAUACUAUGAUGUCGAGCUGUUCCAACUACACUGGCAGUCGCUUCAUACCCAAGGCAAUGUUAUGCGAGAAUACAUACAAGAUGAUGAUUGGCUGUUGAAAUACAUGGAACAAGUAACCAAGUGUUCCCUGGCAAAUGAAACAAAUAUUCCACCAUCCUGUCUUCAACGGUCCACAGAUUCAGUACAAAAUGCCAAACUCUCCAUCUACACCAACUACGCACUGAUGGCUGCAGCCGCCUUUGCAAAGACAUACAAGACAUUAUAUGAGUUGAAAUGUCCUCAACAAACAGGUGUAUGCAAGGAUGUGGAGGAUUAUAUCUCCAACAAGGCCAAGUUUAUUGAGGAAAUGGCUGCAGUAGAAGUCAACCCUGUCGUUGAAUUUACCGAGCUGUCACCCUUUCGGUUGAAGUUUGGAUUCAGGAAUGGAGAGCUUAUGUACACGGAAAUGGGAAACUAUUCCACGUACAUUGUUAACAAUUACCAGCAAUGCGAUACUAAGUUUUGUCAUGUGCAGGCUGCGGAUUACGAUGGUGCAAACCUGACUGUAUCGACGGACCGCAUCAGGUCCUAUAGAAGAAAUGGUGAUGAAGUUAUCGGGCCUGUAGCUGCCCAGUGUCAACAGCCGUAUACCUGUGAUAAGUGCAGUCGAACCAUCACCCCUACAGAUGUGUUAUACAUUCCUGGAGACUACUACAUAGUAGGACUUGUCCCUAUCCACAACAAGAAACAAGAUGACCCUCUGCAGUGUGGUGAACUACGGACCGCCGACAGUGUGGACAUUGCAGAAAGUAUUUCAUUUGCGAUUAAGAGAGCCAACUCGCAGAAAACUACAUACAUAUCGGCCUUCGGGGAAAAAACAGUUGGUUUGGUUCUGAUUGACACUUGCAAUAAUCCCUUUCAGGCUAGAGAACAAAUCAUACAGUUGCAUCGAGGUGAAUUGAAAUUGUCAUCUAAACUUAACAGUUCCAUGCUUGUUAAUAGAAUAAUUGGAUACGUUGGGCCAUACGGUAGCUCUGUGUCAGUGCCAGUGUCGACUCUCUUGGCUGAGAUAGAUGAGCUAGUAAUUGCAUUUGCUGCAAGCUCUGUUGUCCUCAGUGACAGAACCUUGCAUCCGACAUUCAUGAGACCAGUUUCUCCUGACAACAAGCAAGCUGAUGUUAUAAUGCAUCUUGCUAAGAUUCUUGGUGCCAAGUAUGUUCAGAUACUGUAUACAGAUGAAGUGUAUGGCAUCACGGGGAAGGAAGCGUUAGAAAAGUCCGCAAAGAUCCACAAAGUCUGCAUCGCUCAAUCUCUUAAGAUACUGGAUUCAACUGCUUCUUCGAACUCCGUGGGCUACGUUUCUGAGUUGAGGAAGUUUCGCCAUGCCAGGAUGGUUAUCGUGUUUGUGCGGUCACACGUGACACCUAUUCUAAUGACUGCACUCAAUAAGGAGGUAGACAAUGGGGAGUUCGUCUUCAUUGGCGGAGAAAGUUGGGGAAAACGUCCACAGGUCCUGACGAAUAACUUUAAAUUUCGCGGCAGCUUGACCAUAGGGCAAGAUCUACCGCGGAACACGGCAUUUGAAGACCAUUACCGUGAAAUUGAUCUCGAGCAAACAGAAAACCCAUGGCUGCAAGAAUACUUAGAAGAACGUAACGAAUGCUAUUACCCUUUGAGUUUUAAGAAGAAAAACAUACACCAAUGUAGCCCUACCGUCUUAGAAGCAUACCGUCCGACAGACACAUGGGUGCCGUUUGCCAUAAAUGCUGCGCAUGCUCUUAUAAUUGGAUUUAAUCAAAUUCUGGAAGACACUUGCUUUGGGUCUUUCCCAAAUUGCCCCGAAUAUUCCACUGCUAAGCUAAUAGAAAAGGUUAAAGCUGUUCGCCUUGACAUGUAUUACGAUGGCAGAAAUGUUCGUGUGUUCGACGACAAUGGUGAAGGGAAUGUAGCUUACACAAUUUAUCAGAUUAUCAGAGAAGGGAGUGCCCUUAGUUACAAAAGGAUUGGAACGUCUGAAAAUGGGGUGCAGUUUGUGGUUUCAAACUUGGAUACGUCGUUUGAAGUGGACCUGUCAUCUAGUUGUCAGAACGAUGUUGACUGUGGCAUAUGCUCCAGACAAUUCAACAAAUCUGGUUUAAGCGACCCCGUGAACAGUGACAAUGUGCCAGCUAUCAUUCUUGGCGGGUUCGUGGCUGUGUUGGUGAUCGUGGUCAUAGCACUGGUGGUUGUGUUGGUCAAGACGCGUCGUAGAGCAGCUUCCACGGACGCAUUGGGAUCUGGCCAAGGCGAUGAUUACCAUGAACUUGAUCUUGUGGCUCACAGUCGAUCACCAGCCCAGUGUAAGGGACCUCCAAAGCCCAACUAUAGGCACGGUGAAAUACCAGUGCAAGGAGAACACGCAGUUUCAAAUGUGUACCUGACAGCCAUCCCAGGAACGCCUGAGCUUCGAGGUCGGUCCGUUCGUAGACCAGCUGGAGAAGCCGGUGAAAACUCUCCCGGUGCAGUGAAUGAGAGCAUGGUGAUCGACGAAGCGGGCACAACAACAUAGAGAUCGCUGUGGACAAAAGUACUGUGUUACCGUGUGUCCAUACGGAUAUCUGGGAGCGAGACUCAGUGAUGCUACUCUCAAUCUAUAUAUUUUCAUUCGAACUCAAAGAAUAUUUACUGUGUUAACUGGCUCCCGUUACAGUAUGGCCCCACAAAUGCCACCAUAUUGUCCUAUGAUAUGUCUUAUAGUAUGACCAUAACAUGAUUAUGCAGAUGUUUUUGGUGCUAAAAACGUUUAGAAAAUGUGGACCAUUUUACAUAUUUUUAUAUAUACAUUAUUUUUAUAACGGAUAUAGAUUUUACAAUGUACCCGUGAUUUAUGGUAUUGGUAGAACGAUUGUAUACACAUCUAUGCAGUGCUUUGGGAUGUGCAUAGUGUGAGGUAUUACUCAAUAUUCCUUACUAUUCUUUUUUCAUAUUUUUUUUUUUAUUCAGCCUCGGUAACCACGGUUUGACAUAAACCAUACAAGUCCACGUGGUCAGGGACUACUGGUUUAUAGCCUGAAACUUUUACCACAAACUUUACCUAUAUAUAAUACCAGAGCAUAUUGCAAAUCUAUAACGAAAAGCUUCAUAGAAACUUUGAUAUUGGUAUAGUGAGACUUUUAUAUAGAGUAUUUUAAAUCCAAAUUUAAAAACUCAAAUAUUUACCAAUUAUAAUUUUAUUGUAAAUCUAACAUGAGUGCUUCUAAAUAUAUAAACUUUACCUUUGAAUAUUUAUAUAUUUCUAGUGCAUAUUUCAAAUCUAUGAUGAAAUGCUUCAUAGAAACUUUGGUAUCAGUAUAGUGAGACUUAUAUAUGAAGUAUUUUAAAUGCAUAUUUAAAAACUCAAAUAUUGGGUCAAAGUGAUCUGUUGAACCGUACAAGAGGAAUUUUACAGAAAAUUGUUGCUGUGAAUACUUAGAAAGAAACUUCACAUAAUCAUUAAUCAUUGAAGUCACAUUUUUACAAUUAUAGAAACUGUUAACAUUGAUGAAGAUAUAUUUAA